UCAGAGUCUUCAGAAAUAUCGUCUCGUCAGUUGCGUUUCAUUUCCUCAACACUUCGGACGGAUGCUUGGUGUAGCGAUUGAAAGUGAUUAAGAUCAGUGGUAUCAGUGUUUAUUUGGCACAGAUGGUGGAUAAUCGUGAAAGAAUUCGUGGACCAUCUAGAGAUGGUAGAGAAGGUUUAACUAGUCCUCGACAUGUCCUUAGACGCCUCAUGCUUCUCUCAGAGGGAAGACAAUAUAGAGAGGCAGCAGGAGUUGUUGGUCGGCUUGGACCAUCCCUCUUAAGAUCUGUUGUCUCUGAACUUCCCAUGGAUUUACUUAUUGAAGCACUCCCACAUAGUGCUUAUCUGUUGGAAUCAUUUUUUAGUCGCCUUAAUGCCGUUCUUACAACUCCAAAGCCCGAUAUAUCUGUUGAAUCGGUUAUUUGGCACUUGGUAAAACUCUUUGGCAAUCCACAUGAAUCUGGUCUCCGACAGCGUUGUUCAAAAUUAAUAGAAGCUAUAGGAAAAUGGAAUCCUUCUAUUCGGGAUGUACUUAAAGAGCGACGACGAGCCCUCGAUCAAGCCAUUCAGGGACUCGGUAUACAUGGAUUAACUGCAGAUCAAACAGGAAGUCUAACUGCUCUUCAUACAGCUUUGAAGACAGAACUCCAGCGUCAUAUAGACACCUACAAAACAGCUAUUCAUAAACUUGACGAAUUGAGUCCAGUAACGAUUCAUCAAGACCCUGCCCAAUCAUCACACCAGCGUCUUCUUGCCAUCAAUUAUGACGAUUUGCAACAAAGACUGAUCGAUAACAAGACUAUCCUAACUCUUCUCGAUAAACCAGCACUUAAGCAAUUGGGACAACUUGUAGAUGUGCUAUCACAGAGAGUGCAGAGUGAUAAGGAAGUGCUUUUCUGCAUAGGCGAAAUAAAACGAUCGGAUCCAAUCCUUAGUUGUGACUAUCGUCCUGUGGCAGGAAUCAUGAUGAAUUUCGCAAGAGGAUGUGAUUCAGUAUUGAGGCUUAUGGGACCCAUUACUGUACCGUCGAGCCCUGGAGGAUAUAGUUGCUGCAGUGAUGGAUACCAUUCAGAUUCAGCGGACUCACUACCAGACGAAUCCAACUGUGAACUCAUUCGUGCCUUUUCGAUGCUCUACUCAAAGAAUCGCGUGGAGAUAGUCGAAUACUUGGACAGUAUUCCUCAGCUGAAAAAUGCCUUCUAUCUGAAGACUAAAAUUCUUUUCUCUAUUAUUGUGCUGGCAUUUAGAUCUUGCCAGGGACUCCGUGAGAGAAAAGUGGCUGAGGUGCGUCGUGUUCUUGGUCCAACUGGUUGCGAUGGGGAAAGUAGUAGUGCCAGCAACAAGGUGUCUUCUGUACUGAAUUUGGAGAAAGCUGUUCGGCAAUAUCUGCAAGAUACUGCCGAUUCACUGCCUCUAGGUGACAUUGAGAAGCAAAUAUCCAAUCAAAUACUAUCAACACUCCAUGAAUACCCCUGCUUGGAGAAUUGCACCCAAUUGCAGCAUUAUACAUCCAAUUGUGUUCGCUUGGCAUGGAAGAUGGUUAACCAGCCAAAUCCUUACUAUCUGGACAAUGAUUUUACUCACGGUCUUCUUCAGCCAGAGAAACAGGAGCGUCAUGCAUCAUACUCAGACAGAAACUCCAACAUAAUUCGCGCAUUCGUGUGGCCAGCCCUCAUUCAGGAGUACAAAUGCAUUCUUAAAGCAGUAGUAAUCACAUAAUUAUAUUAAUUUUUCACUGACACAAUGGAAUUGUCUAUCUGUAAAUAAAAAUCGUACACCUUUCAUUCA